UGGCUGGUGCCCAGCCCCGCGCACAGCGCGCACUGCAGCCUCUACCGCACGCGCACGCUGCAGGCGCUCAGCUCCGAGAAGAAAGCCAAGAAGGCGCGCUUCUACCGCAACGGGGACCGCUACUUCAAGGGCUUGGUCUACGCCAUCUCCAGCGACCGCCUCCGCUCCUUCGACGCGCUCCUGGUGGAGCUCACCCGCUCCCUGUCCGACAACGUCCACCUGCCCCAGGGCGUGCGCGCCAUCUACACCGUCGACGGCAGCAGGAAGGUCACCAGCCUGGAGGAGCUGGUGGAGGGUGAAAGCUAUGUAUGUGCAUCCAAUGAGCCAUAUCGCAAAGUUGAUUAUACCAAGAAUGUCAAUCCAAACUGGUGUGUGAAUAUAAGAACUGGGUCCAGUCGAUCCUUGACGUCUUUGACAUCUACAAAAAGUGAAGUGAAAGAGAGUAAAGAUUUCAUUAAACCCAAGCUGGUAACUGUUAUUCGGAGUGGAGUGAAGCCACGGAAAGCUGUGAGAAUUCUGCUGAAUAAGAAGACUGCACAUUCCUUUGAACAAGUCUUGACUGACAUCACAGAAGCCAUUAAGUUAGAUUCAGGUGUUGUGAAGAGACUUUGCACACUGGAUGGGAAGCAGGUUACCUGCUUGCAAGAUUUCUUUGGAGAUGAUGAUGUUUUCAUUGCAUGUGGACCUGAGAAAUACCGCUACGCACAAGAUGAUUUUGUACUGGAUCAUAGUGAAUGCCGUGUUAUGAAAUCACCUUAUUCUCGUUCACCUGGUACAGCUAGGCAUUCUGGAUCCAAAAGCCCUGGACCUUCACGUCGAAGCAAGUCGCCUGCUUCAGUAAAGAGGGGUGGCCACUACUCCACAGCUUAUUCUACAGCAAAAUCCCCAGUCAAUGGAACGCCAAGUAGCCAACUAUCCACUCCAAAAUCUACCAAGUCCUCCAGCUCUUCACCAACUAGCCCAGGCAGCUUUCGUGGACUCAAGAUUCUUCCUCAUGGUGGGUCUUCUUCCAAUGUGAAUGGUGUACCUGAAAUACCCCAUUGUGAAAGUCCCGAAGGUGUGAAUGGAAAUAAAUUCUCAAGCUCUUCCACUAUUCUUGAGAAAUAUAAAGUGGGAAAGGUGAUUGGAGAUGGCAAUUUUGCUGUAGUAAAAGAGUGUGUUGAACGAGCCACAGGAAAGGAGUUUGCUUUGAAGAUCAUAGACAAGGCUAAAUGCUGUGGAAAGGAACACCUGAUUGAGAAUGAGGUGUCCAUACUGCGCCGAGUGAAGCACCCUAAUAUUAUCAUGCUGAUAGAGGAGAUGGACACUCCUACAGAGCUCUAUUUAGUGAUGGAGUUAGUCAAGGGAGGAGAUCUAUUUGAUGCCAUCACCUCUUCGACAAAGUACACAGAACGAGAUGGCAGUGCAAUGGUCUACAAUCUGGCCAGCGCACUGAAAUACCUCCACGGCCUCAACAUUGUACACAGGGACAUCAAGCCAGAGAAUCUCCUGGUUUGUGAAUAUCCUGAUGGAACAAAGUCCUUGAAACUAGGAGACUUUGGGCUGGCCACUGUGGUUGAAGGACCUUUGUAUACAGUCUGUGGUACACCAACGUAUGUGGCUCCAGAAAUUAUUGCAGAGACAGGAUAUGGCUUAAAGGUAGAUAUUUGGGCUGCAGGUGUGAUCACGUAUAUACUGCUGUGUGGAUUUCCACCUUUUCGCAGUGAGAACAAUCUUCAGGAAGAUCUCUUCGAUCAGAUCCUAGUUGGAAAGCUAGAGUUUCCCUCCCCAUACUGGGAUAACAUCACUGACUCAGCUAAGGAGUUAAUUAGUCUGAUGCUACAUGUAAAUGUAGAAGCUCGCUAUACGGCAGCACAGAUCCUAAGCCAUCCCUGGGUGUCUGAUGAUGCCUCCCAGGAGAAUAAUAUGCAGGCUGAAGUAACAGGUAAACUGAAGCAGCACUUUAACAACACUCUGCCCAAACAAAACAAUACAACUGCUGGGGUGUCUGUCAUCAUGAACACAGCUCUAGAUAAAGAGGGUCAGAUUUUCUGCAGCAAGCGUUGUCAGGACUCUGGUAGAGCUGGAAUGGAGAAACCUUCUGUGAUUACCGCUGCAGCUGAAGAUGCUCACGUGGCUGGGUCUAAGCCCCUCCCCUCUGCUGCUGCUGAGCCAAUCAAAUCCCCCAUGCACCCUGCCUUGGCAUGUCAUGACUGUGCUGAGGAACAGCCCAGUCUGUAGGAUUGAUUGAAACCAAAUCCAGCUGAAGCUCCCUGCUAGGUCAGGAGAACUUUUCAACUUCUCUCUGUCUUAUCUCAUCUCAUCUGUUUUGUUUUCAGUUUGCUUGCACCCUCUUGUGGCAAGCCUAAGGCAGAUUCCAUCAUGAAUUUUGGAGGAUGGGUUGGGGGAUGUGUACUCCGUAGUUCUUGAGUGCUCCCUGACCUUUGCCUUCUGAACAUAAAGAUGGGGGGAAAAACUUUGGGUGACUUUAGAUUUUUUUCAAACAUGAGUGCUGGUUUAAUUCAAUGCAUUUCUCACCAUCUAGUAAUCUAAAUAGAUUAAUUUACUGUGUAGUUAAUGAUAUUUUUGUAAGAAUUUGAGAUGGAGAAACAGCAACCAGGUCUCACUUCUGCAAACAGACUCUCUGGGUCAGAAGAUCUUGUUCUCAGAAAAGUGAGGAGAGAAAAAAAGCUGGAUCUGCCUCCUGUUCCCAGUGCCUCUGUUUAGCUGAGUUUCUUACCAGAGCUGAAGGGGCAAGUUUCCAUGAAGAAUCUUUUUAGCGGACAAACUGUACAAUAUUGAACAAUAAGUUUUUGAGAGAGAGUGGCUCUUUUGUCUUCAAGUUUAUCAUCAAAAGUGCGUACUUCAGGAUAGUUGUUUAGCUAAUAUGAACCUAAAGGAAUUUCGGGUGUAAAGAUAACAAGAACACUGGGCAUUUAUUUGUAUGAAGACUGCAGUCAAGGAAGCCUUUUAAUUCUAGCCAUUGUUACAAGUGUUUUCCUUCUCCAUCCAUCUGCAUCUCCCACCACAACCACAGUAUCUAUUAAAUAAUAAAACUACUUGGUCCUUUGAAUGGAAAGCUUGCUGCAUGUUACAUAACCUAGGAUGGAGCAGUUCCUAGUUCUAGGGCAAGCUGACUAAUAGAAGAACUGUAACAACUAGCCAACAAAACUAGCUGCCACGUUUUUAUCACCACUAUUCCCCUCCUGGUGCAGUAUAUGGAAACAGUAAUUGAGCAGCAUUGGUCAUUUAUUUGCAGUCAAGGAUGAAUAAAGUUUUGUCUUUAUCAUACUACUUGAUUCAGUAUUGUAUGCACUCUGCUUAUUCAUUCCCUCUGCUCAUUCUUAAGACUUGAUCCUAGCUCAUUUUCUUUGUUAGCUUUACUUUCUACUAGAAUUGUAAAGACCUGCAAUAAACUUUCUUCAUGAAAAGAA